GGCUAGUUUUUGCAACGGCUAAGGGCCUGUGGGUUUAUUAUAAGGCGGAGCUCGGCGGGAGAGGUGAGGGCUAGAGCCGAGCCGGGCGGAGAGGAAUCCAGAGGUAGAGAACGGACUGCAGCCGGCGGAUUCCGCAGCCCUCGCCAGGGACAGCCGCGCGCGGGGCAUUGCCCGAGGGUGCCGCGCGCAACGACCCGGAGGAGCCGGCGCGGAGCCCCGCGCAGUCCGUACCGCGCGGCGUCGCCGCGAUCCCCGCAGCCCGCAGCGCUCCCGCCGCCGGUCGGGGCAGCAUGAGGCGCGCUGCGCUCUGGCUCUGUCUCUGCGCGCUGGCGCUGCGCCUGCAGCCGGCUCUCCCGCAAAUAGUGGCCACAAAUGUGCCCCCUGAAGAUCAGGAUGGCUCUGGGGAUGACUCUGACAACUUCUCUGGCUCAGGUGCAGGUGCUCUGCAAGAUCUCACCUUGUCACAGCAGCCCUCAUCCACCUGGAAGGGCACGGAGCUCCUGACGGCCGUGCCCACGGCCCCAGAGCCCAGCGGCACAGAUAACACCGCCACCUCCACGUCCGUCCUGCCAGCUGGAGAGAGGCCUGAGGACAGAGAGGCAGUGCUUCCGGCAGAGGUGGAGCCUGGCUUCACGGCCAGGGAGAAGGAGACCACCCACCCGCCCGGCGAGACCACGCCACAGCCGACCACUCACCAGGCAUCAACAGCAAGAGCCACCACGGCCCAGGGGCCUGUCACCUCCCAUCCCCACAGGGACAUGAAGCCUGACCACCAUGAGACCUCAGCUCCUGCAGGACCCAGCCAGCUCGACUCUCACGCGCCCAGCGUGGAGGACCGUGGUCCUUCUGCCACUGAGAAGGCUGCCGAGGAUGGGGUCUCCACUCAGCUCCCAGCAGGAGAGGGCUCUGGGGAGCAGGACUUCACCUUUGACAUAUCUGGGGAGAACACAGCCGUGGCCGCUGUGGAGCCUGACCAGCGGAAUCAGCCCCCAGUGGACCGUGGGGCCACGGGGGCCUCCCAGGGCCUCCUGGACCGGAAGGAAGUGCUGGGAGGGGUCAUCGCUGGAGGCCUCGUGGGGCUCAUCUUCGCCGUGUGCCUGGUGGGUUUCAUGCUGUACCGGAUGAAGAAGAAGGACGAGGGCAGCUACUCCUUGGAGGAGCCCAAACAAGCCAACGGUGGGGCCUACCAGAAGCCCAGCAAACAGGAAGAGUUCUAUGCCUGACAGGGACGGGGCUCCUCCUGCCCCUGCCACUCGCUAGGCCCCCACUUGCCUCUUCCACGAAGAACUGCAGGCCCUGCCACCAUGCCACCUCCCCGGCUCCCUGCCCACGGACUUCCGGGGCACGCUGGGGGCUCUCCUCUGCUUCUCUGACUUCUGCCUGGAGACUUGGGCGCAAGGGCUUUCUCGCACGUGACUUUUCUGCCACCGCCAGCACCUGGCAUCUCGUCAUUCUGACUCAGUUUCUCCAACCUGGAGCAGCCCCUCCCCGGACCCGAUUCUGGAGACAAAGGGGACCCUGCUGCUUUGGACCUGGAUGGCCCGCUUGGCCGAGGGCUGGCUCAUCUGUCGCACUUGCUGGUGGAGACCAGUGGCCUGGGGGCACAUUUCCACCCUUGAGUGGCAGGGAGAGGAGUUCGGAGCUCCAUCAGAGCGACGUUUUGCGGGGAGGUCUCAUUUAGAUACCAACUUGUUUUUGCACAUGUUUCCUCUAGUUUCUUUGUUCAUAGCCCAGUAGACUUGGUUACUCCCGAGGUAAGUUAAGUAAGUUGAUUUGGUUACCCCCAUCUUGCUUCCCUAAUCUACGGCGAGGAGACAGCAUCAGGGUUAAGAAGACUGUUUUUGUUGUUGUUGUUGUUUUGUUUUUUAACUAGGAGAACCAAAUCUGGAAGCCAACGUGUAGGCCUAGUCGGUAUGUUGUCUCUGAGUUUGUCACUCACGUGUGCAACAGGGUAUGGAAUGUCUGUCGGGUGGCCCCAUUGGGGGGCUGGCUGAUCCUGGCAGCCGUGGGCAGUCACGUCUGGAGCGGUCACGCUUGUGUCCACGGACUCGGGGCCGCUGCCGUGGCCCAGGCUGCCGCGAUGUUGAGCUGUGUGAGGACGGAAUCCCGGCACCUCAAGCUGGGGACCGAGAAGAGAGGACUGUGGGGUGAGCGAGGUGGUAGUGGCCCCAGAGAAUCUCCUGAAGACCGAGCCCUUCCUUUGGUGCUGUCUCUGGGGCACAUUUUCUUCUAGAAGGUGAUGAGAGGGGCCUGGGCACACCUGUCAUGGAGCUGCUCCACGUACGACCAGGUUCACCUCUGAUUAGCUCCUGUGGCCCUGCCCCCUGGGCUGGAAUCAGGAAUAUUCCAAAGAGAGAUAGUCUUUUGCUUUUGGCAAAACUCUACUUAAUCCAAUGGGUUUUUCCCUGUACAGUAGAUUUUCCAAAUGUAAUAAACUUUAAUAUAAAGUAGUCAUGUGAACUCUACUUGCCUUUGCCUCUUCUCUCUGUGCUGGCUGUGUGGACCAGCCUUUUCUCUAAACACAAAUGAUAUUGGGAAACUUGGCUAAAAACUCUAUGCCUUUAUCUUUCUCGUGGGGAGGGAUGCUGCGGCCAGAGUCCCUCUGAUUUGUUUCCUUUUUGUUUUUCGUCUUUGCUGAAAUUCUGCUGGAGGUCGGUAGGUUCAGCCAAGGUUACAUAAGGCCUGAUAUGAAUUUCUGUGUUGCCAACCUCGACGCACUGUCUCCUGAAUGGCUUAUGAAGCUUUGAUGGCUUUGGCACAGCUUUACCUGGGGCCAUUGGCCCCGCGGAGGCCUGGGGCCAAGGCCUGCUCUCGGACACCUUGGACAGACCUCCUCUCACACCUUUGCUAGGACCAGAGCCUCCAGCCCAGUCCUCCUGGGAACUCCCACGCUCGCCUGUCUGACAACGUCCCGCUGCUCUGUUGGACGCUCCAAGAGGGGGGCCAUCUGUGACUCUGAGAUGCUCCGCCAAGCAAAGGGAACCCGUGCUCUGUGUUCCAUACUGAGACUUUCUGCCCGGAGUGUGUGAUUGGACAAGACUCGGGGGAUGGGGAAGGGGUCUGUGACUGCUCAUCUCUGCUCCUCCCUGGGAUGGGCUGAGCCUGUGGCUGGGCCCAUUCAUGGAACUGUAAUAAACAGCACUUGUCAUUUUGG